AUGUCAGAUGCUGAAGCUAAGGAAGAGUGCAGGAAGAGCGCAGAAGACGAAACACAGGCUGAGUUACUCAAGAGGCCGGGGCAGUCUCAAGUCUACACUGCAACCAGGGACACACUUUUCCCAAAGAAGAUCCCUCAUACUACAACACAUGCAUUGUCACUGGGAUGGGUAUUUGGGAUGACUCCUGAUCUACCUGCCUUCAUUCUGCAAGACCACAAUCAGCUGGUGGUCCUCUAUGCUGGAGCCCAUGUUGGGAUCAUAUACAAUCACACCUUAAACUCCCAGCACAUACUUCAGGGACACUCCCGCCCCAUCUCAUGCAUGUGUGUGAGUGAAGACAGACGCUGGAUUGCAACGGUAGACCAAGGGCCGAAAAGCACAGUGAUGAUAUGGGACUCCUACUCUGGCAUUCCUGUGCAUACAUUGUUCGAUUGCCACCCUGAGCGGGGUGUGACUGCAAUGGCAUUUUCAAGAGAUGCAAAACAUCUGGUAACCCUCGGGGCUGAGGAAGUUCAACGUCUGUGUAUUUGGGAUUGGACGAAUGAAACAGAAAAGCCUUUGUGGUUUACUGAACUCAAUCCUAAAUAUGGCUUUCAAGAUUACAUCAUUUUCAAUCCAAAUGAUAGCACUCAGCUGCUCAGCAACAGUAAAAGCCAGGUGUUAUUGUACAGCACGGCCCCGGGGACUCUGCAAUACUUUGCCCUGAAUAUUAAGAAGGUACAGCCUUCUCCUGUCACUCCUCGAACUGUCAGCAUGGCUGGCAGGUCACUCAGCCAGUCUGUGUUUCACUGUAGAAAGCCUCAGGUCCUGACAGCAACUGCAGGGGACCUUGUGGUGUGGGAUUUGAUGGAAGAAGACUUAACUGCAAACCAAAGCCUCUCCAUAGAUAGAAUGAAGCUCAUUCACUUUCAGAAGGAUCCAAUCACUGCCCUCACUGUAACUGACAGCUGUAUCGUAACUGGUGACACUCGAGGCCAUAUCAAGUUUUACGAUGAAGAAUUCAGGCUUCUCACUUGGUACAGUGAAUUAAACCUGGACGCUGUUGUCUCCAUUUCUUUUUCCAAAGAGUGUACGGAGGGAUACCUGGAGGAAUGCACUCUGGAGGCAAAACCAUUCAUCAUCAGGAACUUCGUUGUGUCCACAGUCAGUUCCACAGUAGUGCAUGUGAAUGCACUGAAAGGCACCCCUCAGAUCCUGAUACAUGAGGGUGGUGAGCCUCUACAUGCAGUGGCCUGCCACCCCAAACAGCCGUCUGUGGCCAUGGGCAACCAAAGGGGUAUUUUAAAUGUAUGGGACUAUAACAAGAAAGUGAUCAUCUGCAGCAGGGUUUUGGAGACAGAGAAGCAGAUUCAGUGUGUCACUUUUGACUCUCAAGGAUUAUAUCUGGCAGUUGGCUUUGGCAGUGGAGCUGUUCACAUACUAGAUCCAAACACUUUACAAAAUGAUCCAGAAGAGUGUUUCCAUUAUACUAAAGACAGCAUCCAUCACAUCACUUUCUCCUUGGACUCAAAGUAUCUUGCCACUGCGGAUGCCGGAAAAGCUGUGACGGUGUUACGGUUGCAGAACAAUAAAGGCUCUUUGCCUCGCUGGAUGUAUAUAGGCAGAUACCACUCCCACUACAAGCCCAUCAAAGACCUUCUUUUUGGGGUUCACCUGGACAGCACCCAACCCAGACUGCUCUCUCUGGGAAUGGACCGCCGACUGGUGGAGUAUGACCUGGAAAACAGUGGUGUGAAUAAGCUUCUCAUCUUGAGCUCGGACCGCAUUGAGCAAAGCGCCGUGCCAAAGUGCAUGACUUGGUAUCCUCCUCUCACUGCUGAGCAAUUUCUUCUUGUUGCCUCAGACCAAUACAAGAUGAAGCUUUUCAACAGCACCACCAAGAUGUGCAGAAAGACUCUCCUUGGCCCAACAUAUGACUCUCCUGUCAAGAAAGUAGUGGUCCUUCCCAUGUCUAAAGAACCAGAGACAAACUCAUAUUACAUGGCAUACAUCACAGAGGACAAGGUGGGUCUCCAGAUUUUGCCUCUGGAUGGGAACCCCUACAAGUCCAAUGCUUUGAUCUGCCACCCGACAGGCGUGUCUGCUUUUGCCUGCUCCUACGAUGGCAGAUUUGUUUUCACUGCAGGGGGAACUGACUGCACUGUCCUGUCCUGGGAGAUAAGUUUAAACGCACUGGAGGCAGCAGCUACCUUGGGAGGAAAGGACCUGGUACCCUUUUACACUCUUUUAGAGGGAGGCAGAGAUGGCAGGUUCUACAGGGAGAUGGAGGACUUUUUCUAUUACUGCCAAAUCCACCAUCAAGGCAUUGACUCAAUGGAGAAACGACAAAUGUCUACCAAAAUCCCACUGUCAGAUGUGCCCUCUCUAAUGAGAGCUUUGGCCUACUUCCCUACUGAGCAAGAGAUAGAAGAUAUGCAUAAUGAGGUGAAGUUCAGCAAGUAUGCCAAAACAGGUAAAUAUGUGACUGACAUCGACCUUGAGGAGUUUAUCAAGCUGUAUGUCAACCACCGACCAGCCUUCGGCAUCUCUAACAAUGAGUUUGCUCAAGCAUUUCACGUCCUUGCUGACCACGAUGGGACAGAACAGCCUGUUCUGCUGAGACAUGAGUUGCUAGAACUUCUACAGGCUCGGGGAGAACACAUGACAGAGGAAGAGGUGGCAGAGUGUUUCACAACACUUUUAGGCCUUAAUGAAGAGGAUGAAGAAGGAGGAGGAGGAGCACGGGAACAUUCUGAGCAUGACAUUUAUAAAUCUGACAGUGGAGAUUCAGAAUAUUCACUGGAGUGUGCAAUCCCAGAUGAGAUUUCUAUGGAGACGUUUACAGGUCACAUCCUGGGCUUCCCAUCCUCAACAAAGCAGAGUGCCAGGUCCCCUCAUCCAAAGUAA